AUGUCUCUUACUGAUGAUAUAACCUUUUUAGUUAAAUUUAUCAAUGAAUCUGUCUAUUUCCCAAUUCCAAUAUUGAGAUCAGUUGGUGUCAUCGUAAUGAAAGGUGAAAUAGCUUUCCAUCUUCAAAUUUUCCCAGAAUACAUUGCUUAUCCUCGAUUUAAGAACAGAUUACCAGCAGAAAAAUGGAUAGAAAAGCAACCACAGAAUGAUCCUCAAUGGCAGCUUGACAAGCUGAUCGGUCCAGCCAAUGCAAAAAAUUGGUGUGUCUUUAAAUUCCCAGAGACAUCAAGUUUGAAUCAAUACAUUAUACAAAAACCACGUGUAGUUGCUACAGAGGCUAAUAUUAACCUACCAUUCCAAGAAAACACGCCAUUACCUUCUGAGGCCAUGAAUAAGUCUCAAUUUAGUAAUCUUUUCCCACUUGUUACGAUUCAGUAUGAGCGUGUUGUUGCAAAUGAAACUAUCUUCGAAUACGAUCCUCAAAAAACUUGGAAAAAUCCAAAGCUUGCAAACUGCAAGAUUUGCCAUGUUGCUUUUGAAGAGAUUCGACCACCUGUUACAAAGUAA